CGGCGAUGGCAUGGAUUUUAUCCAAUCCUUUUGUACUGUCAGCUAAUCUACACGGAGGCGCUCUUGUGGCCAAUUAUCCGUACGAUGAGAGUCGCGACGGAAGUGCCAGUUCUUACACGGCUUCGCCCGACGACAACACAUUCCGGCAUUUGGCACAUGUCUACGCUUUGACGCACAAGACUAUGUCGACGGGAGAGCGGGUGAGGUGUGAAAACGACGACGACUUCACCAAACAGGGAGGCGUAACGAAUGGCGCCCAAUGGUAUAGCGUGUCCGGAGGUAUGCAGGACUUCAACUAUUUGGGAUCAAAUGACUUCGAGAUAACACUCGAAUUGGGAUGUGAUAAAUAUCCGGCCGAAAGCACUUUGUCCACCGAAUGGGACAACAAUCGCGAUGCGCUCAUCGCUUAUAUGAAACAGUCACAUUUAGGUAUUAAAGGAAUCAUAAGGAAUGCGAGAACAGGAGAGCCUAUUGUCGGCGCUUCGGUUAAAGUGAAGAAUGUGACGAAUGGAGUCAACAAAUUGAUUAAUCACGACAUUAUCUCUGUUAAAAACGGCGAAUACUGGCGAUUACUAACUCCCGGAACGUAUGAAGUAUUGGCUGUGAAGGACGGCUACGAACCCGACGCUAAGGCUGUCAUCGUUAAGAACAGCGCACCCGAAGCCGUUCGCUUGGAUCUCAACUUAAAACCAAUUGACGACACGUUUGAUCCUCAGGUGAUGGCAUCGAAUGACUAUUUUGGCUAUAAAUCAAUCCCUGAUAACAUUGAUUUGAAUAAUCCGGAAGUCCUUCGACUCAUUAAUUUUCUGCAAAGAGCCGGCGCUCAGAACAACGACAGAGCGGCCGCUAAUUAACACACUUUUCGUUUAUAUUUCAAAAACAUUUUUACUCGUCUUUCCUUUUUGCCGAUAAAAACAUUUUCAAUUUGUUUAAAAUCACGUUUUAAUUUCAUUCAUGUAUUUAAUCCUUG